GAGGUUCGCGGGCUCGCCGCUCCCGUCCGGCACGCCGCCGGCGACGCCGCCCGCCGCCGCCUCCCCGCCGCCCUCGCCGACCCCGCGCCCGUUCCAGCCCCCGCGGGCUUUGCUGUGGGACCACGCCCCGCUGUGGUGCGGCCGGUGCGCCGACGAGGUGGUGUCGGAGUCGAG